CUUUGUGUUAGGGCGGAGAGACAAGUAUUGCCGCGUUCAAAUGCUUGUCAAACUCUGACAUUUCAGAUUUGCUAACUAGUUGUAGUCAUACAAGUGCCACGUUUAACCAAAAUUUGAGGUUAGUUCCGACUAGCACAUGAAGGCGGCAUAAUAUCCAUAAUCUUUGGUAUGGUAGUGUACACUUUUGUAAAUCCGUCAUUACGCACAACCACGUAAUACGUUCGCCCAAUCAGCUGAAGAGCUUGAACCCCAAGAAAAAGGCAGCAAAUAUGGCAGGUUUGUGUGCAACCAGGUGGAACUUGCUUUGUUAUUACGGCUAAACGUCGGAAUAUGAUUGUUUUAUAACGCGGAAACGGGAAGAGGCAACUGCUCGAAAUGAUUUACUUGAUAGUAAUUUCCGCAUUAUCUGGCGCACUCAUUACGUUGGUAUUACAGUUCUUACUGCUUUACUGGAGAAGCCCCGAGCCAAAAACCGGGACAGUGCAAUAUGUCAAAGCAGUGCCUGAUCCCGCCUUGAAGGAUUACUUCAAUAACCAACAUGCCGAAUCAGGUCAACAACAAGACAUCGCAGCAUCUGCUGCAUCCAAACAGCAAGAGGCCAUCUCUCCCAGGCAACAGGAAGCAGCUGUCACAAGCAGUAGCCCUAAACAACAACCGCCACCGCAUUGUCAAAGCGAGCCACUCCACACCUCCAAACCGGAGACGUGCAAUUUUCUAAACGCUAUCUUUUUGUUCCUAUUCAGAGAACUCCGCGACACUCCUGUCGUUAGGCACUGGCUGACCAAAAAGAUCAAGGUGGAGUUCGAGGAGCUAUUACAAACCAAGACAGCUGGUCGGCUGUUGGAGGGACUCAGUCUCAGGGAUAUCUCCCUGGGUAAUUCUUUGCCCGUUUUUAAAACGGCCAAACUUAUUAAUCCAGUGCGUUUAAAUGAAGACGGCAUGCCCGAGGAACUAAAUUUCGACGUGGACCUUGAAUAUAAUGGGGGAUUCCAUUUAGCAAUUGAUGUAGACCUUGUUUUUGGGAAGUCAGCCUACCUGUUCGUAAAGAUGACGCGUGUGGUUGGAAGACUGAAGCUGCAGUUCACCCGUGUGCCUUUUACGCACUGGUCCUUCACGUUCCUUGAGGACCCAUUGAUAGACUUUGAGGUGAAGUCACAGUUCGAGGGAAGGCCCUUGCCUCAGCUUACCUCAAUCAUUGUCAACCAGUUGAAAAGAGUUAUCAAGAAGAAACACACCUUGCCAAAUUACAAAAUCAGAUACAAACCCUUCUUCCCGUUCCAAGUGCAACCUUCCAUUGGAUCCUCCGCCUGUGACUUGGACCUCUCUGUUCAGGACUCAGGAUUGGUUGAGGGUCGGCUUAGGGUCACCCUCGUUGAAUGUAGCAGGCUGUUUAUCCUGGGCUCGUAUGACAGAGAGACCUACGUGCACUGCACCUUUGAGCUGAGCAGCCAUGAGUGGAAAGAGAAGACUCGCAGCUCCAUCAAAACGGCGGAGGUGAUCAAAGGGCCCUUUGGCAGUGUGGGUAUGACAUUCAGGCACAUCCCCGACUGUGAGGGUGAUACGGUCCAUGUCAGCAUCGAGACAGUCACUCCCAACUCUCCUGCUGCCCUGGCAGACCUACAGAGGGGCGAUCGACUCAUCGCCAUCGGCGGUGUCAAAGUGACAUCCUCUGUCCAAGUGCCCAAACUGCUGAAGCAGGCAGGGGACAGGGUGCUGGUCCUGUACGAGAGGCCUGUGCGUCACCAGAGCACCACCAUUGGCCUGGGAGCCCUCCAGGAGGGGCUGGGCCAGCUGGAGGAGCCCGGGUUCAUCCUCCCGCCGGGGGGCUAUGAGGAGGACCCGGCACCCAUCACGGCCCUCGCCGACAUAUCCGACAGCAAAGACAUGGACUCUGAGUUUUCAGAGUUGAUUGCAGACCCCAAGUCUAGCCUGCUUAGCAGCAGCGCCGAGGCCAAGGAGGAUUUCCUGUCAGUAAACCAAAGCCCCAAAAGGACUGUGGCCAAUCUAGCCUCCAAACCCUUUGGCAGCAUAUCGCCCAUCCUCAACCGCAAACUGAACUUGGCAGGGCUUCAGUCACCGGUCAGACCUCCACCCACACCAAAGCACUCACCACACAAGAGUGUCGAGCCAGGAGAGGGGCCACAGCGCCCCACUGUCCCCCCUCCACCCCCACCCACUCGCCCGCUGGUGCCCCCUAGACCCCACAUUAAAUUAACGUCAGCCUCUUCUGAAACACAAAGUCUGCUGGAGGGGAGUGAAGCUACCGCCGCGGCUGAGAAAACUCCAGAAAAGACUCCUACACACUCCACUGGAAGCAAUGGUGACAAAGGCAGUGCUGUGACGACACCUGUGAAACAGCCCGAACCAAAGCCAGCGGUCAAACCACCCGAGCCCUGCGAAGAGCCACCAGGGGCCCCCUCCGCUCCCAGCAAGCAGGACCUGGCCAAAGACAAGGUGUCUGAGAGCUCCAUCAUCACCCGAGACAUCAUGGAGGACCACUCAAUGUGGGAGUCCUCAGAGAUCAUGUUCCGCAACCGGACGGCCCAUUGGGGAAAUGGUUCUGUGGUGUUAGCGGUGGAGAGCAACCAUAAGUACCUUAACACGGCCCUGUGGUGCAAAGACCCCUUCAAGCUGGGCAGCCUGCUGUGUCUGGGCCACGUCAGCUUGACACUGGAGCAUGUGGCCCUGGAGUGUCUGUCCACAUCCUCGUCUGAGUACCAGAGCACUUUCAGACUGGAAGCCCCAGAGCCCAGGGCCAGCGUCAGCCGCACCGCUCUGCGCAGCCUCAGCACCCACAAGGGCUUCAACGAGAAGCUCUGCUACGGAGACGUCACACUCAACUUCAGCUACCUGGCUGAUGGAGAGUCAGAGACGUGUGGUGGGUUGAUGGAGGGUGAAAGGAAGGCCAGCAUGCCGGAUGAGGAGCUGAGGGAGAGGGAACAGCUUUCCUUUGUUCCCCGUGACGACCUGGCCUACAGUGCCAUACAGCUGGUGGAGGUGCGCCACAACUUUCAGGACACCCAGUUCCAGAACCCCACCUGGUGCGAGUACUGCAAGAAGAAGGUGUGGACCAAGGCCGCCUCCCAGUGCAUGAUCUGUUCCUAUGUCUGCCACAAGAAGUGCCAAGAGAAGUGCCUGGCCGAGCACCCUUUCUGCGUGGCCGCCACCGACCGACGCAGUGCCGACCCGGAGGCCAAAUCCACCAUCAACCGCGCCACUACGGGCCUCAGCCGCCACAUCAUCAACACCGGCUCCCGUCUGCUCAAUCUGCGCCAGGUGCCCAAGAGCCGGCUGGCAGAGCAAGCGGCUGAUGUGCCAGAUGUGGUGCACAUCCCCGACAUCUCUGACAACGAGAGCAGCGAUACAGAAACCUACGCCGGGGCCAGCCCCUCCAAGCAUGCAGCCGGCGGCAGCACCAAGCUUGUACGGCGGGAGGGAGGACUUGACGACAGUGUAUUUAUCGCAGUGAAGGAGAUCGGCCGCGACCUUUACCGGGGCCUGCCCACUGAGGAGCGCUCUCAGAAGCUGGAGCUGAUGCUAGACAAGCUGCAGCAGGAGAUCGACCAGGAACUGGAGCACAACAACACCCUGAUGCUGGAGGAGAGGGAGACGGGGGACGCCCGGAGGAAGGCCCUGAUCACGGCCGCCCUGGCCAAGUCUGGAGAGAGGCUCCAGGCUCUCACCCUGCUCGUGAUUCACUACCGGGCAGGCAUCGAGGACCUGGAGAAUGUGGAUAGCACCGGCACCUCCCCCUCGGAGCCACAUGGCUUCAAGGCCAAGGGGGUGGCAUUGGAGGAGGCCUUACUGGGGACAGAGGUUUAUGACAGUGACAUAUGCAGCCCAGUGGAGGCCCAGCUGCUGGAUGACAUCACAGAGGAGCAGAUCUGUGUAGAGGCGCUCCACUAGAGAGAACAAGGACGAGGGAUGGGCUUCAGACUCGCAGCAAAAUUAUUUGAACCUUUAUCUGUGGGGGUGGGGUAAAUGUUACCUUCUGAAGAUCAGCUGAGGCGGUCUAGUGAGGGUGAAAUUGUUGAUUUGUAAAACAAUUGGUCAUGCAUAUUUGGUUUGGGGAGACCACUCUUGUUGUCCCAAAGAACAGCAGUUUAGUUUUCCUAAAAUUAUACUUUUAAAGGGAAGCUGGAAAGCUAGAUGGAGAAAUUUGCAUUGAGGAUCAGUGUUUCAUGGCAAUCUGUAAGUGCUUGGGUUCACAAACAUUUUAAAACAUACAUAUAUAAAAAUUGCCUUCUAUAAUUUAGCUUUUGUUGACAUUACAGGGCACCUUAACUUUUUUCUAUCACUUGAAAAUGUGAGUUUAAAUGUUUGUUACAGUUCAGUAUUUUAUCACUAAAAGUUACAGCAACCGCUUUUCCGUUUUGCAGAAGAUUGCAAUCAACAUGUGGUUGACAUUCCAGGAGCUAUGCAAAUAGCAAAUGGCUCUGUUUUAUCCAAAUUGUAUUUGGGGAAUGGAAUAAAUAUUAGUUUGAUUUGUUUUACUGUGAGUAACAAGCAUAUUUUGUUAGACUGGACACCUUGUUGUGCGUCUACAGGAAGACAACAGUGUGGAAAUGCAGAACAAAAAUGAAAUCCUCCACCAUAUGGAAAUUUAUGUUUCAGAUUAUGUACUUUUCAUGCCACUCAUAUCUUCACUUUGUGAGCACUUUUGAUUUUAAUGCAUAAUCCAAUUUUAGAAAUCACCUAUGACUUUCCUCUUUUGGACUUUUUGCAAACUACAAGCUCGUGAUAAUUGAAUGAAUUGGGCAAUAAUGUUGUGGGGGAAGAUGGUCUGUCCCCUGUCAUCCUUGGUUCAGUUUAUUUAUAGGCCAAACAUCUAUGACCCAUUUGGUUAACCAGCAUAUUCACUGUACAUGUUAUUUCUCUCUCUGUUACAAUGUUUCCUUAGCUUUUUGGGUAGAGGGAUAGAGUUGUAUAAUAUUUUUCUUUAUGUAUAAUUAAAAAAUGUUUUAAGUUAUUUGAUUAAGCACCUGCUUUUGUUUUCUCGUCCCCCUUCCAAAUCUUUUUUUUUUUGUAUGGAUAUAAUUUCCCUGAACUUAAACAUAACUAUGGUGGUGGUAGUUUUAUCCAAUCAUGUUACUUCAGACGAAAUGCUUGCUUUUGAAAUUCUUCUUGAUCAAUUGCAAAGUAUUUAUGUAAUCGUGGCAGAAAGUUUUUAAUUAUAUGGUUCAUCUCAGUAUGAAUGUUGUUACAGGAGCACAUGGAUCUCUGCUUUAUUCUAUGUACAGUACCAGUCAAAAGAUUGAACACACCUACUCAUUCCAGGAUUUUGCUUUAUUUUUACAAUUGUCUA